AUGGAGAUUGAUUCAAAAAGUGGUGAGAAUCCUUUAUUAAAUGAGAGUGAAGAAGUUGAGGAACCUAAGAGGGGUAUGUGUUUUAGCUCAAAGCAAGAAGUGUACACAUUUUAUGCCAAAUAUGCUAAACAUGUUGGAUUUUCUAUAGCUCAUAAAACACAAGUUUUUGGCGAUGAUGGGGAAUUAAGAUACUUUGGGAUUGAAUGUUCUCGAUCAGGAAAGAGAACUAAAAAAUCAGAAGUAAACCCUCUAAAGCCAUCUUUGUCUACAAAAAUUGGUUGCAAAGCAAGGGUGCGAGCGAGUCUACAAAAGGAUGGGAGAUUUAUGUUAACCACAGUUAACCUUGAGCAUAAUCAUGACUUGAUUCCCACCGACUCACGUUAUUUUGCAAUGAAUAAGAAAAUUCUUACUCCUGUGAAGAGAAAAUUAGAAGUUAAUGAUCAAGUAGGGAAUUAUCACUCAAUGGUUGUUGAAGCUGGGGGUUAUGAGUCAUUAACAUUUGAUGAGCGAGAUGCAAGGAAUUACAUUGACAGAACUAGAAGAUUGAGGCUUAAAGAAGGAGAUUCCGAUGCACUUCAAAAAUAUUUUAUGAGGAUGCAAGCACAAAAUUCGAGUUUCUAUUCUAUGAUUGACGUUGAUACUGACUUUUGUAUUAGAAACUUGUUUUGGGCAGAUGCAAUAAGUCGGACAGCUUAUAAAGAAUUUGGAGAUGUUGUUUCAUUUGACACAACUUAUCUCACUAACAAAUAUGAUAUGCCAUUUGUUUCGUUUGUAGGAGUUAACCAUCAUGGACAGUCGAUUUUGCUUGGUUGUGGGUUGUUAUGUAGUGAAGACACUGAUACAUUUAUUUGGCUAUUCAAAUCAUUGUUAAAUUGCAUGUCAGAUCAUCCCCCAAAAGCUAUAAUAACUGAUCAGUGCAAAGCUAUGCAAAAUGCUAUAGAAAUUGUUUUUCCAAAUACUCGACAUCGAUGGUGUUUAUGGCAUAUAAUGAAGAAAAUUCCAGAAAAAUUGAAAGGAUAUUCCCAAUAUGAAUCCAUAAAGUUGGCUUUGCAAAAUGCAGUGUAUGACACUAUCACAAAAGAUGAAUUUGAGACCAAAUGGAAAGAGAUGAUUGCAGAAUUCAAUCUUUAUGAGAAUGAGUGGUUGGGGGUAUUAUAUAAUGAGCGACAUCGAUGGGUUCCUGUCUAUGUGAAAGACAUUUUUUGGGCUGGUAUAUCAACUACACAACGAAGUGAGAGCAUGAAUGCCUUUUUUGAUGGAUAUGUCAACCCAAAGACUACAUUAAAGGGCAUUAUGUGUGCUCACUCGCUCGUUGUGCUUAUUGCAAGAUGUAUAAAUGAGGUUCCAAAUAAAUACAUUCUACCACGAUGGAGAAAAGAUUUAGAUAGAGGGUACACAUGCAUCAAAACUACAUACACUGGCUUUGGGGAUGAUUUUAAUGCAAAGGUCUAUGAUAAGAUGAACAGAAAAUUUAUUGGCAUUGUACAAGUUGCUGGGAACUCUGAAGGCAAAAUCAAAAUUAUCGACCGUGGGUUGGAUGAAAUCAAGGAAAGAGUCAUGAAAGAAGAAUCCGGUGAUGGGAGUAAUUUACCAUGUUCAACAAAAAGUCCGAUUCACACCGGUUCUACAUAA